CGCCUGCGCAGAUCUCGAGGCAGAAGUGGCGAAGAUUGCCGCUGCAGCCUGCAGUUCGCUUCGAAAUCCCAGAGGGAGAAUACGUUUCGUUUAAAUGCAGUGACUGUACUCGCACUCCCUAUUCACUAUUCGACUUCUUUGGAAACGCGCUUCAUUAUUACUCCUUGAAUCCCUUGACGCGUCUUUAGGUUAUGCUCGGUUCAUAGUGCGGAAUUUUCAGGAAAGUGUUUUCUCAUGAGUCGAUAAAUAAACUAUGGUUUACUCGCGCGAAAAAAAGCUGUGAAAAUGUAUCUGGAUUCUGACUGUUUCUUUGACAGGGAUACGGUCUGACACGAAUACAUUUUUUUUAUAUUUUGAGGAGCAGAGAAUUUGAUAGCGGAACAUUCGUCAUUUAUUCGGUGACGUGUCUUGGUGAAGAUAUUUGAGGAAAAAUUGUAUGACUCAAUUUGAGAAUCUCAUUGAUGUCAGUAUUUAAUUGUAUGGAUACACCGAAGAUUUUUGUUAAGGGCAAAUUUACGUUGAAAGCAAAUUGAGUGAUGAUGGUAGUUCGUGUUAAUUAGGAGCAACUCUACCCGUUACGUAUAUUUCUCAAAAACCUUUUGGCGGUAAAGAUUUUCACGGAUAAAACCAAAAGUAACAGUGAACGAAUAAAAUGAUUGACAGAACAAGUCGAAGAGUUUGAUAUUCUUAAAAAAUCCAAGAUACAUUGAUUCCCAUAGAAUCAGGAGAUUCGUUGGAAUCAAGAAAAUAUUCUACAUUGACACUACGCAAGAGAUAUUUCAAGUGUGACUACAGUUGCCGGCCAAUAAUAAUAUAUAUAAUGAUAUAAUCGAGGCUCUAUCGAUUCAAUGAAAUCAGAAGUAAGCAAUAAUUUAUAAUUAAUUUUUACUUGAUUGCGGAAUUGAUUAAUCACCUUUUCUAGAAGUUAAAUUAUAUAAACUCCAAUAGUCGCGCAUGGACUUUUUCCAAUGUAAAGUUAACAUGGACAGUAAUAUGGCACUUUGAAAGGAAAACGUUAAUAACAAUUUUAAUGUGUGUUAAUUAAACAAUUAGUGUAAAACAAGAAAUCUACUUUCGCCUUCAAACGGAUGCGUUCAUAUUUUCAGGCACUGUUCACAUCGGCGAACAUGGGCACAAUAGCCUCCCCCGGAAGCAGGUGAUGGGAUAGGAGCAGUAGGGAAGGUGGAACGGCUCAUAUGGAAUGGCAGGACGGGCGGGCGCCUCCCAGAGGGCGCUGCUGGCAGCGAUAACGAUAGUUCUCGGCGUGGCGACGUUGGGAGGACUAGCGCAGGGCCUGUGCCCGGCCCGCUGCCGCUGCGACGACGAGGCACUGCGAGUGUCCUGCGCGUCGGCUGGCCUCGACGUCGUUCCGAUCCAACUGAAUCCCGAAUUGCGACACCUCGACCUCUCGGCUAACAGGGUGGCCAGCUUGCACCUAACUUUUGCCUUCUAUGGAAACCUCGAAAGUCUGGACUUGUCCGGAAACCUAAUUCACACACUGGGCUCGGACAAUUUUGCACUUCAGCAGCGACUAACGAGCCUGAACGUAAGCGGAAACGGAAUCAGGACCAUCUCGAAAAAUGCUCUCAAAGGAUUGGCGGCUCUCAGGGAGUUGGACCUGAGUUCGAACAAUGUGACGGAAGUGGAGGAGCAAGCGUUCAAGUACACUAGUGAAUUAGAGUAUCUUGAUCUUAGUCGUAACUCCAUCACAAGUCUGCCGGAAGGUCUUCUUAAGAAUCUCCAUAGAAUCAGAAGUCUAAUUCUCAGUAGAAAUUCACUGCUUGAAGUACCUGGUGCUAAUUUGGCCCUACCAUCGACUCUCGAGAGACUCGACCUCUCGGACAAUCUGAUCCAGGAACUGGCUGAUGACGCGCUACCCUCGUUACCGGCUCUGGUGUCUCUCAGUCUGGCGAACAACGUAAUUAGAAGUGUUUCCGUAGAUUCCUUCGACCGUCUACCGGGUCUGCUCCAUCUUGACUUGGCUGGAAACAACUUGAAAACCGUGCCCACCCCAGCCCUGGCCCGCCUCAACGUUUUGCAGGCACUCGUACUGAGUCGCAACCCCUUGACUAGCUUGGACAGCAUAGCCUUCGGUAACCUUUUCGAGAUGCGCCAUCUCGAGCUCGAGAACUGCAACUUAGAGAAGAUAAAUUCAAGAGCGUUCGCCGACAAUGUCAACCUGGAGGUAGUAAUCCUCGACGGUAAUAGGAAUCUAUCGGAAUUACCAGCACGAGUACUUUACGGUGCUAGACACCUCAGAAGGGUUUCUCUGAGACGUUGCAAUUUGGCGACCCUACAGCCAACCCACUUCCCAGUUGACAAUAUGGCGGUUUUACGAAUCGGUGGAAAUCCAUUCGUAUGCAAUUGCUCCCUACAUUGGCUGUGGAACGUCAUUCGCUCGGAGCAGCGACGUAACGAAUCAAAACUCGAAAUCGACUCUGACGACGUCCUGUGUGCCGAUCAAGAGUUUUUUGGAAAAGCUUUGGUCUCCCUGCCAGAAAGUUCGUUGCGAUGCAGAUUGAGUCCACUCUAUUUGUCCCUAUUUGCUGCGGGCUGCGUCACCGCUACGGCGGCCAUAUUGGCUUUUGUGGUACACGUCACUCGUGUGAAACGUCGAAAGAGAUCAACGUACACCGCACCUAGGCCCGAGCUCCUCGUGUACGUCGGUCAGGGCGAUAGACUCGACAAGAGCACCGAGUCCUACAGUCACCGACUGAUCGCCGGUUACGAAACCCCGGGAAAUUUGAAUUACCUUCGUAACAAGGAUGCCAACGUGUACGACGUGCCUCAAUUCACGCGGCCGCGGUCACGAAAUUCGGAUAAUAGACAAGAGGAAGGCGUUUACGCUGUGGCCGACGUAGUGACGUUACAGGACGAAGCACCAGAGGUCCUUUCGCUUUAUCACAUGCAAACUCCUGCCCAGAUUCGCCCGAGGACUCUGGACUAUGAAUACGAAGCCCCGUUUCAUUAUCACAAGCAGAAACCUCACAUCGUAUUUGUCUGAAGGGCUUCGUGGAGGGACGAUGGUCUUUACCUUGAUUUUUAAUUUUUACAAAAUUCAAAACGACUCGAGGAAUUUGAAUGAAAAAAAAAAUACAACUAGGCCCAUGCAAGGUCGUUCACAAGAUUUAACGUCGAUCUUAUUCGUUGGCUCUGAUUUUUUUUCAAGAUCGCCGUUAACUUUGACGAUUUUACACGUGUGUCACAGUACAGUCAGUAUGUUGUACAUUGUAACCUCGUAGAUUUGGUGAGAAGGAUAUGUCUUCCGCGAUAUUGGUGCUACCGCAGGAGAACCGCAUGUUUUCGUUACCGGCGAGUAAUAAACGCUUCUGCGUAGUAGCAAAUCGAAUCAAAGCAACAGCAGCAUCCAAUAUGGAGAUUAGGACCAGCCGGUUGCAGGGGAGAGAGAGACCAGAAAUUAAUCGCAGGAUCCCACGAGCAAAUAAAACGAGUGAACGCGUGAACGAGUGUAUGAAUACGAGCGUGCGAAUGAUCGCGAGUGUGUAGAUGAAUGGGCGGAUGAAUAUACAUGUACGAGAGUGCGAAGAAGUCUGGUGAGGGUGAGGGAGGUAGGGGGAGAAUGAGAAAUAGGCUCAAAAACAUGUAAAUUGAAGCAAUAAUAAAUAAGAUUCUAUUACAAUAGCAAACAUUAUGCCGGAAACAUAUAAAUAUAUAUAUAUAUUAUACAUACAUGCAUAUAAAUAUAUUUAUAUAUUUAUUAAUUUAUACAUACACACAUAUAUAUAUAUAUAUAUACAUAUUAAGAUAAUGAUGUUACGUUUUGGAUAUAAAAUAUACUGAAGCAGUACGAAUUACGUACUUAUGUUUUCGAAUUAUGCGACCAUCGUUGCCGUAACCUUCGUAACGAGUGACUUUUAAAUAUAUACAGGGUGGUUCAUACGAGCGCGAACAAGACUUUUGCAUUUAUCUCCAGCCCGUGGAUUCUGUAACGAUUGUACAAAUUUACAUGUUCUUAAUGAUAAUCAUGAACGCGGCUAUUUUGUACUUUCGUUGUUGUGCAACGUGUGGUUGGAAAUAAAUACAAUUAUCGUGUCUCUCUUGUAUACCAAUAUACAGGCUCUCCCACGCAGGAUAGUCAAUUCGUUUUGUAUUAGUAUGGAAAGCACUAUCUUAUAAAUAUAUUGAAUUGUGAUGAAAAAGUGUUUUUCAGCUUUAAAUGCGAUGUCCGCGAAACUCGAUGAUCUAAAAAGUCAUUGAUUUUUUUUUUCAAUUCCUUUUUUUUCAUGUAUGUCGGAUUUCUGCACGCUGAAAUAUUAAAUGUUAGAAAUCGAUAAGCACCGAAUGACGGGAUGCGUUCAUUAUGGAAUUUUAUGAUGCUUCAAAAUUUAUAGCGGGUACUGCGGAUAUCGUUGCGUCCUUAUCGGAUACACGACGAAAUUAAAAAAGUAGGACAAUGUACAUUCAUAUAUGCAGCACUCGUUGUAAAUCUUGAAAUACACCCGAAGUUGCCACAGAUUGGCUUUUAACGUAACCAUUCAAUUCUUACAGUAUACAUAACGUCCAUUCGGAAUGACUUUUGUAUGAAAUGUAUAUUCUUUAAUUCAAAACUAAAUGGAGCAACGAAAGACGAUAAAUCAAUUUCAAUUAACUCAAUAUUCUGAUUGGUUUUUAAAGAACAGCCUGGCUUCUAGAACAAAGGAAUUAAAGAGAAAAAAAAAUCAAGUUUCAGCAAAACGGAUUGAUUGUCUCUCAUAGGAUAUUCUGUAGUUCAUAUUGCCCUGGGACAUUUAGCUUCGAUUACCACCGAGACUACGUCUCAAUGUCCUUUGGAAUUCUCAAUAUCUUUCAAGGUAGUUCGAGAGUCUUCGCGCUUCUCCGUAGUUCGCCGAUGACGUCAUUCCAGUCUUGUCUCUAAAGGCCGUGGCCAGCAUCGUCUCGUGAUUCGUCGCAUUUGUUACCCCCCUCAGUAUUUUUGUACAUAUAUGUCUCAUGCGUCUCACGUCCCACGUGUACGUCCAACCGACUGUCUGUCUGUCCAUGCUUAUUCCUCAGUGUAAAAUUCGCUAGCUUAUCUCUCGUUCUUCGUCUUCCUAUCAGCCUCCCCUCUCCCGCCCCUUCCUCCACUACCAAUUAAUCUGACUGUUCUCCAUUCGAGUUCUUUCUGACCAGCGGUCUUCUCUUCGUCCGCCAAUUCUUAUGGCGUUCUCUGCCCACUCCCUCCUCAUCUUUCAAGAGCACACUGUCUUUUGCCAAAAUUAAACGAUGUUAAGUAGCGUAUAGGUAUGCUCGUAGAAAAAUUAGCGCGGUUGCAUUGACAAUGGAUCCUAUUUUUGAGAAAUCGAAAAUUAUGUUUUCUUUUUCUCUAAAAUCCAAUUCCAAAAAAUCAUUUUAUUUUUAUCUAUACGUCAAUUUUCUAUGGUUUUCUUUUUUAAGAUCAAGAAUAAGAAGUGAAGAGUGACAGUUGAUGACGUAACGAAGAAAUGUUGUCAGGCUUGUACUAAAGACAAUGGUGAAACGUAUGAAUUUGUUUCUUUUAUUCACAGUUUUAUGGAUCUUGCACGCAACGUGCGUAAGUGCACUGCGCAUAACUCGUUAAAUGCAAUCGAACUAAUUUUUCCUUGAUCGAUGCUUACGGAAAGGGUAGUGACUUCGCUUGUAUUUUGAGGCCCACCGUGAGGUAACGACCUCUGUUUGGGUCCAUAUAUUUAUACUCCUUCGGUAUAUAUACAGUUUGUAUCAAAUUUACCUAGUAGCAAACAAAAUAUCCUUCUCUUUUUGAGAAUUUAACGCGAGGAAGAUAUUCGCUGAUUACUCUCUUGAUAAUUCAUGACUAAUUAACAGGCGGGAAAUUUAAAUUGUUUCAAGAGGAUCUUUGAUACAUUCUGUGUAUCUAUAUAUACACACGAGAAACUUGCAUCAUACACGCAUACAGUUCGUACAUACAUAUUAUACUUACAUAAAUACAUAAAUACAUUCAUAAUGCAUAGGGUAUUUUAAGCGAGUAUAUUAAAGUUUCGUACCAUUGCAUAUAAAGAAACAGAAUCUGUUUACAUAAUAUAACGCUGAGUAACGUGUAAUAAAAUUAUAUUGUAUAUUGAGUAACACUGGACUACCAAAUUAUUAUUAUUUUUUACAUUCUUCGAGGUAUACGAAAUUCAUUUUCUUUCGCUGGGGCAGAAUUCAUGAUUUUUUUCUUUAUUGGCUGGAAUGUCUGCUUUUGUGUUACUUUCAAUGUUUUCCUGCCUUUAACCUUUUCAGUCCCAAAAUUCGAAUUAAAAUGAAAAAAAGUAAUUGGUUUAAUCGGGGAAAGUAAAUAUCGAGAUAAUUCAAGGCACACAAAAAUCUAAUCACUUGGGUAUGUAAAAUAAAGAAACCAAACUGUGGGGUCUCUUUGAUUUCUUUGGGGCUGUAACGGUUAAACCAAUCCUUGUCUUUUUGCGUAACUGUCCUUGUCAAAACCUCUGUCGUGUUAUUGUCCAUUCAAUAUCCCUUUGUCUUGUUACGGUAAGUAAAACAAAAUAAUAUCUAUUUUCUCUAAAUCAAUAUGAAAGGGUCAGCCUGCUAUUUGACAUUACAAAUGGUAAAUGUCUCAUGAUUUUUUAAUUGAAAACCUUUGGU